GGGGCGGGCCGAGCCGCCAGCCCCGCUCCGAGGCGUGUAAAAGCGGGGCGGCGGGACCGGGGAGCAGUGAGCGACCAGCCGGGGCUGCGUGGCCGGGAAGGUUGCACCGGUUGUCGGGAUCGCUGCACAAACGUCGUCCGAAAUGGCAGCCGAGGGGAAUAAACUGUGGGGAGGAAGAUUCAGUGGAAGCACAGAUCCAGUCAUGGAGAUUCUCAACGCUUCCAUUACCAUUGAUCAGAGACUGGCUGAAGUUGAUAUCCAGGGGAGCAUGGCUUAUGCCAAAGCCUUGGAGAAGGCUGGGAUCCUAUCUAAAACUGAGCUGGAGAAGAUCCUGAGUGGCCUGGAAAAGAUCUCUGAGGAAUGGUCUAAAGGAGUCUUUGUGUUGAAACAAAGCGAUGAGGAUAUCCACACUGCCAACGAACGCAGACUAAAGGAGCUGAUUGGCGACAUAGCUGGAAAGCUGCACACUGGAAGAAGCAGGAAUGAUCAGGUUGUGACUGACUUGAAGCUGUUCAUGAAGAAUUCCCUCUCUGUCAUCUCCACUCACCUCCUGCAGCUCAUUAAGACCCUGGUGGAACGCGCUGCCAUAGAAAUCGAUGUUAUCUUGCCCGGCUACACCCACCUGCAGAAAGCUCAGCCCAUCAGAUGGAGCCAGUUCUUGCUCAGCCAUGCUGUUGCACUGACCCGUGAUUCUGAGCGCUUGGGAGAGGCGAAGAGGAGGAUCAAUGUCUUGCCUUUAGGAAGUGGUGCUCUGGCUGGAAACCCACUGGAAAUUGAUAGAGAGCUUCUGCGUAGUGAGCUGGACUUUGCUUCCAUCAGCCUGAACAGCAUGGAUGCCAUUAGUGAGAGAGACUUUGUGGUGGAAUUCCUCUCUGUUGCCACCCUGCUGAUGAUCCACCUUAGCAAGUUAGCUGAAGAUCUCAUCAUCUACAGCACCAGUGAGUUUGGAUUUCUAACCCUCUCUGAUGCUUACAGCACUGGGAGCAGCCUGAUGCCUCAGAAGAAGAACCCCGACAGCCUGGAACUGAUCCGCAGCAAAGCUGGACGUGUGUUCGGACGGUUGGCUGCUAUUCUCAUGGUUCUCAAAGGACUUCCAAGCACCUACAACAAGGACCUGCAGGAGGACAAGGAGGCCGUCUUUGAUGUUGUGGACACCCUGAAUGCUGUGCUCCAGGUUGCCACUGGAGUGAUUUCUACCCUCCAGAUCAACCAGGAGAACAUGGAGAAGGCCCUGAGCCCUGAAAUGCUGUCUACUGAUCUGGCUCUCUACUUGGUUCGUAAAGGAAUGCCAUUCAGACAAGCCCACACUGCCUCUGGGAAGGCCGUCCACCUCGCCGAGUCUAAAGGCACCACCAUCAACAAUCUCAGCCUGGAAGAUCUGAAGAGCAUCAGCCCCCUGUUUGGCAGCGACGUCUCCCAGGUCUUCAACGUCGUCAACAGCGUGGAGCAGUACACGGCCAUGGGUGGCACCGCCAAGAGCAGCGUGACUGCCCAGAUCGAGCAGCUGAGAGAGCUGCUGAAGAAGCUGAAGGAACAAGCUUAGAGUGUGGGGAGAUAUCCCGUGGAUGCAGCGUUGUGCCUAUCACACUAAUCUGGAGUUAAACACUGUGUUGUAUGUAGUUCACUGGCUUUAUUCUGAGGUGCUUUAUUGAACUGGGGUUCCCCAGCCCUCUUGAGGCUCUGGGCAAUGUUCACUGGUGUGUGACCCUGGCAGUGAGGCUGGGCUGUGGAGUGUAAAGUUCUAGGGCCCCAAUAGGUAGAGAGUAGCAAGAGUGUCAGUGCAUAUAUUGAAGGUGCAUAUAUGUUCAUAUAUGCUGCUUGUGUGUGUCCACAUAAAGAGAUGCUCGGUACAACAUCUGCAACACACUCCACAUAUCCAGCUAUCAGUGCCUUCCUCUGCCUUCUUUCUAGCAGGAAAAAAAAUCUGCUCACCUCUGGCACUGGAACUUGGCCAACAGGUCAAACCACAGGUCAUGCCAGUCUCUCACAAAAUCACAUUUGUCUCUGAUUCACUCCAAAGCACAGAGCUGCAAGGUCCCAGGUCCAGCUCCUUCCUCUGUGUGACAAGUGCCCUGACUUGCCUCCAAGCUUGCUGGUGCAGAGUGUUUUUCAAAAAAAUCCUUCACAUUGCAUUGCUGUUGCCUCUUAGAAAAAUCAUUUACCAUCUUUACUUCUGUCCUUACAGAAGUAAAAUCAGAACAAAGACCAGGAAAAGUCUUACUUCGGGAAUGAAGUGCCAGGAAGUUCCUGAGUCCACUCCUGCUUAUAAACCAUGUUUCUCUGGUUUAGCACAUUCAUCUCGCUUUCCAGCUACGUUAGCUGCAGCAAGGAAAUCAGUUAUGUACACUUCAUUCAUGUGGAGAGGCAACAGCCAACACCAACAGACUCAGAAGACGAGAUUAUCUCCCCCUCCCUAGCUCAUGGUUCUUUUAAUUCCUUACAUAAACUUUUUCCCUGUUUUUUCAUUCUGGGUCAGUACCUUCACACGUCUCAGCUGACUCGACAGUCGCGUGUUCCUGGUCACCACUGUUCAGCAUCUUGGGAGUCAGUGCUGAGUAAUGUGGGGCCCUGCUGAUUGAAAAAAGAAGGUGGUUUUAGCAGAUUAUCACAUCUCAAUCUCUUGCUUAAAUAAAUAGUUCAUAGUCAUUGCUAGUCCCCAUUCAACCUUCCAUUUCUCUGCUAUUCUUCUGUGUCCCCAAGCCUUUCAUUGUUCUGCAAUAAACUGAGCUGUUGCUUCUGUAAUUGAAUCAUGUA